CAGCUGUGUCGCGCUCUUUGGACUGCGGCUCCGAGGAACUCUCCGUGGGAAGGUGCCCGGCCGAUUCCUCGCGCUCCUCCACGCCGCGCGUGUCUAUGGACCACAGCAGGUCCCUUUAAGGUCCCACUUCCUGGACCUUGGAGCCCUUUCACUUUGCGCUCUGAGUCACUCCUCGGCGCUGCUGCUGUUCUUCUCCGGACCGCUCCUGAGGACAUGAAGAGCACUUUGAGCACCGACUCCGGUCCAAACCACUCGAGAACACUUGUGUAAAAGGACUUCACUCGCAGAUAAAUCUAAACUGCAACCAAAGCACUGGAAAACCACGCUCCCUGACAGGUAACAGUCGCAGCUGCUUUCCUGAAACAAGUCAAUGGCGGAAUCUGAUGGCACACAAGACAUCUUAGAAGAAGCAGAGAAAUUGGCUCAGUCUUUGAGUGAGGCCCUCAGCUAUGGGAACCAAGAAAAAUCACGGGAGCUCGCAGAGCAGCUGGCCGCCCUGUCAGUGCCGGUGUGUGUGCGGGUUCAAACCGAAGCCUUCCCUCGGGACCAAAUACGGUUGAAGGUCGGAGUAGGAGAUGCCCUGCAGGACUCUGCUGUUCCCGUCACCAUGAUGGUGACAGCAGACAUGACUAUCUCAGAGCUCAAAGACAAGGUGAGCGAGGACUUUGGGUUCCACCCUACGCUGCAGACCUGGGUGCUCGGGAAGCGCCUGGCUCGAGACCACGAGUCGCUCUACAGUCAUGGGGUGCGCAAGGACGGAGAUCUCGCUUACCUGUACAUCAGGUCAGCUAACAAGGCUCAGCUCAGCCGAGAGCAGCAGAAACAGGAAGAAGAAAAGCGUCGUCUAGAUGGCAUCAUCAGCGCCAUGGAGAUGUCAAGGCUGGAGGCCGGAGAGGACGAGGAUGUGGAUGUGAGAAAGCGGCCCGAUGCCUUGCCGAAAGCUGCUGAGGAUCGCCCCCCAAGAGGGCACCCCAGGCCUCACCCUCCGCCUUUGCCUCCAAAACCGGAGGUGGGCUGGCCGUGUCCCCGGUGCACGUAUGUAAACAAACCGACUCGGCCGGGAUGCGAAAUAUGCGGGGAGGAGAGGCCGGCGGAUUACCGGGUACCCGAGGACUACAAAGCGGAUGCCGAGGAGGUCCGCAGGCUGCAGCAGGAAGAGGUGGCCUGUCUCCAGUACCAUCAGGCCCUGGAAGAUGAGAGGCAGAAAAAUUUCCGCAACCUCAUAGAAACGGACGAACACAACCUGGUUCCCAACCAAGAGGAGAUGGAAUGCCCGGUGUGCUACUCUUCUGUUCCUCCAGGAGAUGGCGUGACGCUUCGGGAGUGCCUGCACAAUUUCUGCAAAGACUGCCUGAAGGGAACGAUCAGCAACAGCCUGGAUGCGGAGGUGGCCUGUCCCUACAUGGACAACAACUACGCCUGUGACUGCAAGUUGCAGGACAGAGAAAUAAAAGCUCUCCUCUCCCCGGAGGAGUACACCAAGUUCCUGGAGCUCAGGCUGAGCAUCGCCGAGACACGGAGCGAGAACAGCUACCACUGUAAGACCCCCGACUGCGCCGGCUGGUGCAUUUUCGAGGACGAGGUCAAUGAGUUCGAGUGCCAGCUGUGCAAGGAGAAAAACUGCCUGCUCUGCAAGGCCAUCCACAAGAACAUGAACUGCAAAGAGUACCAGGACGACCUCCGCAUCCGAGCUGAAAACGACGUGGCUGCCAAACAGACGACAGAGAUGCUCAAUACAAUGCUGCAAACGGGCGAGGCCAUGCAUUGCCCCAAAUGCAAAAUCAUAGUGCAGAAGAAGGACGGCUGCGACUGGAUGUGCUGCGUGAUGUGCAAGACGGAGAUCUGCUGGGUGACCCGGCAGGCGCGCUGGGGGCCGAAGGGUACCGGGGACACAUCCGGAGGCUGCAAGUGCAGAGUCAAUGGCAUCGUGUGCCAUCCUAACUGCCAGAACUGCCAUUGAGCUCAUCGUGUGUUGUGCUCCGUGGUCGGGCGACUUCCUGUAUUGGACUGCGACCGAGGGCUCCGUCUUCCUGCACGUUUCGCACUGCAGCGGAGAAGCAUUUUGGGUGUCACGCGGUGUCUACCUAUGAAGGAACAUCUUUUCUGCCCUCAUCUGCACAUAGCUGAGAUCUUCCCUUUCACUCUGUGGAGGAUGGACACUACACCUUAAAUCUCUGCACUUUCUUUAAUGUGCUGUGAGUGUUAAAAUUCACUCAAAGCCUUUUUUUUCUUCAGCAUUUGUUGAGUGAAAGUUUCACUCCUAUUAAACUACAGAGCAUGACACACAAAAAAAACUCCACAUUUUGAAUAUACGCAGUUGCAGUUAAAAGCACAAAAACACAGGAGCAGAUGCAUCCGCGUUCAUGGAGAGACUAUUCCAAAACAGCAAUUGAAAAUGUAGCAGUAAAAUUACAAACAGUAUGUCAGCAUCUUAUACAUCAUGGGCACCAUGUCAAUUCUGGACUGCACUAGUUUCCACAGAGGAGGCUUCCAUCUACUUAAUCUCAAAUGCACCAGUAAAA